UGAUAAAGGCAUGGCACCGAUGCUGCCAACCGCAUGCUGGCCGCACGGCUGGGUUUCAGUGAGAUAGAACCUUUGAUCACACGCCUUACCAGUCUCUUGUGGCAUGGCGGCCCUGCAGCUUGCCGCCCUCCUUGCCCUGCUGCUCGCACUGUGGCGUCUCGUGUGGCGGCCGCGCGCCGUGGCGCGGUCGUUCGCGAGGCAGGGGAUCCGAGGGCUGCCCUACACGUUCCUGGCCGGGUCCUUGCCGGAGGCGAAGCGGCUGCUGAUCGCUGGCCGGAGAGGCGUGCCGCCCCUCGACGCCGGGUGCCACGACAUCAUGCCCAUCCUGCUGCCGCAGUUCCACAGAUGGGUCGCCGAUUAUGGCAAAACGUUCCUGUUCUGGAUCGGGCCGAUUCCCGCCAUCUUCUCUAUCGACCUGCAGCUGAUAAAGCAAGUGCUCACAGACAGGACGGGCCUGUAUCAGAAGGACUUCAUGAUCCCCGUGCUCAAAUCCCUCUUCGGCAACGGCGUCAUAUUGAUAAAUGGUGACGAUUGGAAGCGGCACCGGAAAGUAGUCCUUCCUGCUUUCAACUAUGAGAAGAUCAAGAGCAUGUCAGCGGUGACGGCAGAGGUCACAAGGCAGAUGAUACAGCAAUGGGGCGAGCAGAUACACCAAAGCAACAGCGACAAGAAAGCAGCUGAGAUAGACAUGAUCCACGCCUUCAACGACCUGACUGCCAAGAUCAACGGCCGCGUCGCCUUCGGCACUACCCACCGGGAUGUCGAGGAGGUCAUCGUCUUGAUGCGGGAGAUGCAAAAGAUCGCCACUGCGGCCAUGCUCGAUGCUCCAAUACUCUGGUAUCUGCCGACUCGGCGUAACUUGCACGUUCGACGCCUGAACAAACAGCUGAGAAGCAAGAUCAUGUCGAUCAUGCAGGCACGGCUGGCCGCAGAUGGAGCCAAAUAUGGUCGAGGAGACACCGGCAGCUGUGGGGACGACCUGCUCGGGCUGUUGUUAGAGGCGUGGACACCGCACCGGCAAGUGAGGGGCGGCGAUACGCUGACAACUGACGAGGUGAUUGAUGAGUGCAAAACCUUCUUCGCCGCAGGGCAGGAAACCACGGCCACCCUCCUCGUCUGGGCCAUGUUCCUGCUUGCCGUGCACCCCCAGUGGCAGGACAAGGUCAGGGAAGAGGUCCUCCGGGAGUUCCCCGGCGGGGACAGCGACGAUGUGGUACCCAACGCGGAUGUUCUCGCCAAACUGAAGCUGCUACACAUGGCAUUGCUCGAGACAUCGCGUCUCUACCCUCCAGUUGUGUACAUACAGCGGAAAGCUGCCUCCGACACCGUCCUCGGAGGCAUCAAAGUACCCCAGGGAACAAUCAUAUCAAUCCCCAUUGGCAUGCUACACCGAGACAAGGAAGUUUGGGGCCCCGACGCCAACGAGUUCAACCCCAUGAGGUUCGAGCAGGGCGUCACAAAGGCUGCCAAAGACUCCAAGGCGCUCUUGACUUUCUCUCUAGGCCCGAGAGUGUGUACUGGUCAGAACUUUGGCAUCGUGCAAGUGCAGGUUGUCAUGGCAAUGAUCCUCAGCAAGUUCUCCAUAUCCCUCUCCCCGGCAUAUGUUCACAAGCCAAAGUAUCUUCUGUCUUUGACACCCAGGCUUGGGAUGCCUCUCAUUUUGAGGAAUCUACUAUAGAUGGGUGAGAAAGUUUGCUAAUUAAACUCAUUGCAACGCAUGAGAGUAAAUUCAUUAUAAUUUCAGUGUCUUGCUUAUGGUACGACAUUCUACAUAAUCGAUUUGGAGAUGCAACCAAUUAUGCAUGCAGAGAUCAUAUCAACUUGGAGUAAUAGACGAAUCUUCUUGGAUACAAAUACAAGCAAGAUGCUCAAGGUACAUGUAGUUGUGAUGUUAAGAUGGAAGACGAUGUCGUUGGUGGUACCGUGGCCGUCCCUGCUUGACCAGCGUAACCUCGAGACUGCAUCCAUCCAAAAUCAUUUUGCCAAAAGCAUCUAUGGCAUCUUGUGGAUGAGCAUACACCGUCGACAUGGUUACAAAACCGACACCCUGGGAGCACUUGGUAUCUUUGCGGUAGAGUACCUCGGCGCUAGUCACUUCGCCGUGCUUGCCGAAAAAAAGUUCCAGCUGGGAGCCAUUCACCGUGAGAGGCAAAUUACACACCAUCACCCUGAAACAAGGCUCGUAAUGUUUCGAGAUGUGAAUAAUGCUUGGUAGGCUAGUUACUGGAGCUGUCUUCUGCUGCUUGUGCUUCACUUCUAGAGCCUUGCACCUCUUAGUGAUUUCCUGACCAAACAAAAUCGAAGAUAAAUUUUUAGCACCUUUUCAGUUAAUGGUGCUUA